CAAACACAUCUGAGCCACCACACACACAUUGUUGCAUUUGCAACUUGAACGCAGCAGCCCCCCUUUCCCAUUGCCCUUUGCCUCCCGUGCAGCAAUCCGACGCAAAGACAGAAGGCAAGCCGCCCUGCGCCCCGCCGUCAACCAUGGCCGACAAGAAAAUCACCACUGCCGAGGUCGGCCAGCACAAGGACGACUCCAACGGUUACUGGCUCAUUGUCGAGAAUAAGGUCUACGACGUGACAAAGUUCCUCGACGAGCACCCCGGCGGCGCCAAGAUCCUCAAGCGGUUCGCCGGCAAGAACGCCACCAAGGCCUUUUGGAAGUACCACAGCGAGAACGUGCUGAAGCGACACGGGCCCAAGUACGAGAUUGGCGAGGUGGCCGAGGCGGCCAAGCUGUAAGGGAUUUGGUGUGUUUGGAGUUUCCGAGACAUCCGCCAGAAUCGCGAGUGAGCGAUGUGUGUGUGUGUGUGUCUGAGAGAGAGGAGGAAAGAGGGAGGGAAAUGUGUAUGCAUCUUUCGCCGUCUCCGCCCUCUUGGUGAGUUGAGGAGUGGAAAGACAUGCAGCGGCUGGGAUAUAGACAGGGUAGACGAGCGCCGGGCCAUGCACGCACGGGGUGUUGCCGGCGGAGGAGGGCUUUCAGGCGUCAUGUACUGAUACCACGUUGGAUGGUCGUUGCGCGACGUAUACGCGCAUAUAUAUACAUGGGGAGUCCAGCAUUGACACA